AAGUGAAAGUAAAUUGGGCAACCACUCCUAGCAGUCAGAAGAAAGACACAUCCAAUCACUUUCACGUUUUUGUGGGAGAUCUGAGCCCUGAAAUCACAACUGAUGACAUCAGAGCUGCUUUUGCACCCUUUGGGAAAAUCUCGUAAGUUCCAAGAGGUCACACAUUUCUGUGAAAAUGUUUUGCUUUUGUCUGAAUAAUGUUGAAUGGUUGUAUGUAAUUACUUGAGUCAGACAAUCUGUUUAUAUUUUUUAGCCCUUGUCAGCCAGACUUUCCUAAAAUUAUGGGCCAAGGUUUUAUAGACUUUGUUUCUGCUGGUUGUUGAUAGUUGAUAACUUUAAAAACAUUUUGAGAAUGCAUUGAUUCAUUGAUAAAAAAAUUUAAAAAAACAUUUUAGUUAGAUUUUUUAAUUUUCUUGAGGUGCUCAUUGGCUGACAUGCAGUUGCACUUCUGACAGUAGUUAUGGCUUUGUUUCACAAAAAUGUGCUAUCCUGUCUUAAUAUCUUUCUCUUUAUAUAACAAGGCAGACCUAUACAAAUUGUAAGCCUUCACAGUUAUUUGUCCCAUCAACAGAGCUGUUCAGGUUGUAGUCUGCAAAGCCGGAAGAGAAUUUGCCAUGGGUUUCUUGGGUAUAUCCAAUGGGGUUUUAUAAAGGGUGUUUUGGAUUUAUGAGUAAAAUAAGGUCUACAACAUAAAUUUCACACACUUUUAAAAAAUAUUCACAUUUGAGGUCUGAAAGAGUGUGAUUUAUGUAAAACAAAACAUCCAUGUUUCUUUAUGUAAUGUUUACCACAGAUCUUAUUUUACUUAUAAAUUUCAAAACUCACAUUAUUAAAUCCCAUGGGAAAAUCACAUAUCCAUGGCGAAUUAGCCAUCCGGGUUUGCAAACAAAUUGACAUCAUGGCUGAACAGCUCUGUUGUUGUUUGUUAGAGAUCCCCAGAUCAAUCUGAUUUAAAGUGUACCUUACAUUUUUUUGUCACUAAUCUACAUUACUAUGCAGAAAUUGGUAAGUAAUUUUGUUUGCUAACCAGUUCAUUAUUUUGUUGAAAACAUGAAAAAUAUAUGCUCUACCACUCUGAGAAAUUUUCAAAUUCUCCUUUAGCUCUGAGUGUCAGUUAAUAGAGCUCUGGUUAUUUUACAGAAAUGCUCAUAGGAUUGGACAGGAGCUUGAAGGCUAACAGCAAGGAAUGGGCACUCUGGGAACUAAGAUGUAGAUUUUUUUUUUCUAUUCACUCUUUGCUUUUCAUAUUUGUAUACUGCAAUAUUUUCCUAUUAACACUGAUGUAGUGUAGACUUUUAACAAACUUGAGAUAAAACAUGAAUAUUUGCUUGUAAAGUAUUUUUCAUAAUGGUUAUCCUAGUUGUGUUGAUAGUUUGAUUCUUCAAAAAUUCUGAAAAUGUUAAUUUUUCAAAAUUUGCAGCUUCCCAAACUCCAUAUUGGUGAUAAAGAAUUGACCAGGAAAAAUAAAGAAAUCUGUUAACAGGCCAUGGAUGCACGCGUGGUGAAGGAUAUGACAACAGGGAAAUCAAAGGGGUAUGGAUUUGUGUCCUUCUAUAACAAACUGGAUGCUGAGAAUGCCAUUGUACACAUGGGGGGUCAGUGGCUUGGUGGGCGACAAAUCCGGACUAACUGGGCAACUCGGAAACCACCUGCCCCCAAGAGUGUGCAAGACAACAGUUCCAAGCAGCUCAGGUUUGAUGAGGUGGUGAAUCAGUCGAGUCCUCAGAACUGCACUGUGUACUGUGGUGGCAUUCAGUCAGGUCUCACAGAACACCUUAUGCGACAGACGUUUUCUCCUUUUGGACAGAUAAUGGAGAUUAGAGUUUUUCCAGAGAAGGGGUAUUCUUUUAUCAGGUUCUCCUCUCACGAAAGCGCUGCUCAUGCUAUUGUGUCAGUGAAUGGGACAACCAUCGAGGUUCAUGUUGUGAAGUGUUACUGGGGCAAAGAGUCUCCUGACAUGGCCAAAAAUAUCCAACCGAUGGAAUAUGGUCAGUGGGGACAAUGGAAUCAAUUGUAUGGCAAUCCUCAACAAUAUGGUCAGUACAUGACGAAUGGCUGGCAAGUACCAUCCUAUGGAUUGUAUGGACAAACGUGGAAUCAGCAAGGAUUUGGUGUAGAACAGUCACAGUCCCCUGCAUGGAUGGGAGGAUUUGGGACACAACCUUCUCAGGGUCAGCCUGGCCCAGUGAUGAACCAAUCUAACUUUGGCAUGGCAGGGUACCAGACACAGUGAUCUGACAUUUACUCUCCAUAACACACACCUCUUUCACUUGUUUAGAACUCGCUCUCAUGGGUAGAGCACAUCUUUUUUUUUUUUUUCCCCCACAAGCAUUGGCUCUGAAGCAGGAUUCACUUUAGUAUAAAGACUUACAUUUAGAUUCAAUGGAGAUAUGAUUUCAUCCACAAGAUUUGUUCCUGCAUAUCUUUAAGAAAACUGCUGAUUUUUUUUCCCCUUAAUGCCAGCUUCAGGAACUUCACAGGUACAAUGCAGAAAACCCAUGGUUUAAAUGAUCUGAAUAUAUUGUUUCUUGAACAAAGUUGAAUUUUUUUCCCCUUCCUAAAUAGCUAGUCAUGCAUUUGCUUGUUCAUAACAGUUUGGACUUCCAAUUUGUACAAAAAUACAACAAACAACACAAAAACUAAGCACUAUGACUCUGCAAAAAAGUGUAAGUAAAGGCACUUUUUGGGGGUUCAUUGGACCUGUGUCAUGUAAAUGUUGAUGUCUAAAUUAAUUUCUAUGUGCGGUGGUGUAUAUUUAAUCCACAUUAGCUCCCAUUCCCUUUGAAAUACUAGCGCUCUUUGGUGCUUUGUAUAAUGUGUCUUUUUACUCCCAUUUACAGACCGUGAAAUAUCUCCCAUUCACUAUGGAGAAGGGUGAUGGCCAUACCUGUAAAUAUCUUUAGAUAACUUGGCCUGUAAUUAGGGUUUCAAAGCAUGCAUUCUACUUGACAGAAUUUUGAGGAAGUAAUGCAGCAUACACCGAUCAGCCACAACAUUAAAACCACCUGCCUAAUAUUGUGUAGGUCCCCCUUGUACUGCCAAAAAAAGCGCCAACCCGUAUCUCAGAAUAGCAAUUUGAGAUGCUAUUCUUCUUACCACAAUUGUACAGAGCGGUUAUCUGAGUUAUUGUAGACUUUGUCAGUUCGAACCAGUCUGAUCAUUCUCUGUUGACCUCUCUCAUCAACAAGGCAUAUCUGUCCACAGAACUGCUGCUCACUGGAGUUUUUUUUUCGGUGCCAUUCGGAGUAAAUUCUAGAGACUGUUGUGUGUGAAAAUCCCAGGAGAUCAGCAGUUACAGAAAUACUCAAACCAGACCAACUAGCACCAACAAUCAUGCAAUGGUCCAGAUCACUGAGAUCACAUUUUCUCCCCAUUCUGAUGGUUGAUGUGAACAUUAACUGAAGCUCCUGACCCAUAUUUGCAUGAUUUUAUGCACUGCUGCCAUAUAAUUGGCUGAUUAGAUAAUAGCAUGGAUGAUUGUUGGUGCCAGAUGGGCUGGUUUGAGUAUUUCUGUAACUGCUGAUCUCCUGGGAUUUUCACACAAAACCAUCUCUAGUAUUUAGAGAUCAGAAUUUUCGUCAGAAUGUUUACGAAACAAAAAACAUCCAGUGAGGGCAGUUCUGCAGAUGGAAAUGCCUUGUUGAUGAGAGAGGUCAACAGAGAAUGGCCAGACUGGUCAAAGUCUACCGUAACUCAAAUAACCACCACAAUUGUGGUGAGAAGAAUGCUAUUCUGAGAAGCGGGUUGGUGCUAUUUUGGUGGCACUAGGGGGACCUAUACAAUAUUAGGCAGGUGGUUUUAAUGUUGUGGCUGAUUGGUGUAUGUUAGACAAAUGUUUUAUGUGUGACUGACAUGCUGAACUGAUUCAGUGAAUUUCACAAGCAAGCCUUAAUUUUAUGUCAGUCACACAAUUCAGUUUACAACACUUUGAGACCCUUGUAAUAAGCUGUAUCAUUGAUUUUAGAGCCGUCCUUGUAAAUUCUGUCCCUUUGCUGUUUUAACAAAUAUGAGUGCCAUUUUUGAGGAGCCAGAGAAAUAGAAGUUUGGAUAUUUUUUUUUCUGGGACUGUAAAGAAUUGCAUGUUUCGAACCAUAAUAUUGAGGUUGCUCAAAGCAUCGAAUGUAAAGGCAGUUAUGUUUGAAUACAACUUGGCAUUUAAAGUUUUCUUUUUAGUCUAAAUGAAUCUCAAUAAAUGAACCAUUAGACAAGAAACAUUUUUAUUUAUGCUCUGGUGUGCAAAAGUAAAUUAGGCAACCAUUCGUUUUACAAUUUUAAGUUUUCAUCUAUAAUUAUUUUUAAACAGGAGGGAAAAAUAUAAAUAUUACAAUCUUUUUUAAAAUGCACAUGAUCUAGCCAUGUUGUGCAAAGAUUAAUUAAUAAAUAAACUAUGGCAUUUUGAGAAUACCCUUGAUAUGCUUUACACUAUAAAAUACAUUUAGAACAAUUAUGUCCAGAUUUUAGUUCACGUCAUGUACAUAAACAGUUGUUUAACAGUACCUAAUAGUAAUCACGAAAGCUCUGUUUUAAAAGAGAAAAA